UUUCCGGUAGCAGCCAUGUUUGUUUGACUGCCUUGUGGGUCAGUUGUAGUUGCUAGCCGUUAUGUUUGGGUGGCCACUACUCUUUUGAGGUGGGAAUCACAAUGGGCAGGGAGGCAAAUGGUAAAUGGUGAAAGAUGCUGCAUCCAGAAAGUCAUGAUGUGGUUGUCGCUGCUUACGUAACAUCUCACGUCCAAAUCUUGAGGUUAUGUAUAACAUGUAUCGAGUCAGGAAUAGCAGCUACCGGGGUAACAUUACGCUAACGUAAUAGCUUGCCAUUUUUUCAGCUAGCUACCUGACAGCUGGGAAAUUAGACAGCUUAUUAAAUGGCAUCAUUUAACGUUAACGCAGAAGGGGCACAUGUCCUUAACGUCCUGGCUGACGUUAGUCCAGAUAUCCAUAUUUGUGGCUUCUGUAAGCAGCAGUACAACAACUUUGAAGUAUUCCUUGCCCACAAGCAAAAUGGCUGCCAGAUUUCCUCCUCAAACAUAUCAGCCACAAGUGCUGGUACUUCGCUCACUGAGUCUGGCACAGAGUUGGUGUUUGAAGAGGCCUUCCAGGCGUGUGUGGCUAAAGUGGUGAAGAAGCCCCUUACUAAAGCCCAGAGGAGCCCCUCCAAGCGGAUCAAGCCUACUGGGCCCACAGUUAGGCGGAGCUGCUGUUUCUCAGGAUGUACGUUCAAAACUCAGUAUGGUCAAAAGGACAUGGAGAGGCAUCUCAAAACGCACACGGGUGAGAAGCCCUUCGAGUGUGAGCUGUGUCACAAGCGGUUCAGUCGGCGGGACAAGCUGAACAUGCACAGCCGCUCCCACACCGGCGAGCGGCCGCACAAGUGCAAGUACUGCGCGUACGCCGCCGCCGACAGCAGCAGCCUCAAAAAGCACCUGCGCAUCCAUUACGACGAGCGGCCUUUCAAGUGCCAGAUCUGCCCUUACGCCAGCCGCAAUUCCAGCCAGCUAACCGUGCAUCUGCGCUCACACACAGGUGAUUGCCCGUUCCAAUGCAACCAAUGCAAUGCCAAAUUCAAGAUCAACUCGGACCUGAAGCGCCACAUCCGCGUGCACUCUGGCGAAAAGCCCUACAAGUGUGACUUCUGCGACUACCGCUGUGCCAUGAAGGGCAACCUCAAGUCCCACGUGCAGAUCAAGCACGCCUCGCACAACUCCUUCCGCUGCCCCGACUGCGACUUCCAGUGUGCCAACAAGAGCGCCCUGCGGCAGCACUCCCGCGGCCACCAGCCGGCGCUGCCCAUGCAGUGCCCCAAGUGCAGCUACUCCUGCGCCAGCAAGGGGGCGCUGAAGAUCCACGAGCGCGUGCACUCGGACGAGCGGCCCUUCAAGUGCCAGGACUGCGGCUUCGCCUCCAAGCAGCGCAGCAACCUGCUCAUCCACCGCAAGAAGUGCCAUGCCGACAAGCCCGAGAAGAGCGCGGCCGAUAAGCGGGGGGCAGGGGCGGGUGCGGGCCGGGGGGCCAACGGCGAGACGGGCGGCGAAACGGCGGCCUCGAAGCCGGCGAGCUCGCGCUACCGCGCCCGGCUGGAGGCCACGCGGGCGUUCCGCUGCGGCGUGUGCGACGCCUCGUUCGUGCGGGAGGACUCGCUCCGCAGCCACCGGCGGCAGCAUCAGAACCUGCCGCACAGCGGCUUCCUCCAGCUGCCCACUCCCGUGACCGCCGUCUCCGGCCCGGCGGCGGCCCAGCAGCGAGGCCCGUCCGGCGGCUCCUCGAACUCGGCCCAGGACGGCCCGCUGCUCUCGUCCUACGCCGGCGCGCAGCUCAAGAUCAUCGUGACGCCGCAGCUGGGCCAGGAGGGGGCGCAAGCCCUGCUGAGCCCCGUGCAGGUGAGCCUGCUGCCCAUGCAGAGCCUGCAGCCGCCUGCGGAGGGCGCCCUGGCGCAGCAGACGGUCCUGCUCACCCACAUCGGCCCCGACGACGCCACGGGCGCCACGGGCCUGCCGCAGGCGCUGAGCGCGGCCGACGCGUCGCAGACGUUCAUCACCACCUGCUCCGACCUGGACGGGCUGACGGCGCUCAUUCAGGAGGGGGGCACCGAGGUGACCGUGGUGACAGACGCCGAGCCUCCCGGCAUGCCUUCGUCCUCCACAGAGUGCCUGGGCCCGUCGCUGGAGGUGGUCAGCGAAGUGUCCUCUCAGGGGGACGCCAAGGCCUCGGAGGCGGUCAUCCUGGGCGGCGACGCCCCCUGUGGGGACGGCAGCGGGUUGAUCAUGUCCAACAUCAGCGUGGGGCCUCACGGCACCUUGCUCCUCCACAACAUGCCCCUGAGCCUGGGCCCUCCGGAGAGAGCCACCCCGCUAGAGCCCCUGUCCCCGCACAACAUCUUCUCAGACACACACCCGGGGGACCCGGAAGACUGACACCGACCGCACUCACACCUCCAUUGCCUAUCUCUGGGAUCUCAGUAUUAACUGUUCAGAAAUGCUCGAAAAAAACUCACAAGCUGUGUGGUCCAGGCUUCACCUAGGUGACAAUUUUUUUAUGAUUUUAUUUUAUUUUAUUUAUAUUAAUAGGAUAUUUUGGAAUGCAGCAUGUCUGGUAGGGAUGAAUGUCUGGUUCACUCCUUGGUAACAGUAGAAUCAUAUCUUUAGUUCGGUAGGCUGGUACCUUGCUAGAUUAGGAAUGCAACAUGAUGACAUCGAUGUGAUGUGAAUAUUUCUUGCUUUGACAAGCGUUUCAUGAGCGUCAAUACAGUCAACCUCUUGUCUUUGGCUCCAGAGUGUUGUUGGAGUGGACCAUGAAUUUCUCUGGAACGAUGAAAUAAUAAAUAAUCUAUUGUCUGAACAGAAAGUCAAGCCUACCUCUACAUUUCA